GCAGGAACGAGGGAGAGGGAACGUAGUAUGCGCUUUAUGCCUGAGUCGAGAGUUUGGGAGUCGCCCGUUGUGGUUUUAUUGGGAGCUUCCCAAUGAGCCGAGAGAUUAGUUAGUGCCCCGGGUCUUACUUUGGAGUGACAACGAGCGUUGUGUCGCCAGUUGAGGAUGGAUUUGACCACAUUUCGUGCCGCUUUCCUCCUCCUCCUCCUCGCCUGGUUACGGUAUUCGGUAGCUGACGUGGCGCCGCCGACCAACGUGACCCUGCACUGCCACAACAUGAAGAACGUUCUGAAGUGGAGCUACGAGGACCCACCCCCGCCAGGGCUCAGAUUCAGAGUCAACAUCUACUCACAGAUGAAUGCUCCAGCUGAGAAGUGGGUGGAGCCACCGGCUCAACAUCUAGACGUGUCAUUUCUCAACGAUUCAGAGGACGAUUACCUUGUUGACGUAAACGCUGUGAUUGGACAGAACGAGUCGGCUUGUGCUCCUCCCGAUGCAAUCAUUUUCAGUUAUUUCCAGAACUCUCUCGCAAUGCAGAAAUGUAAUGUGGACUUCCCAUCAGUCAACGUCACCGCCCAAGACAACGGCUCCCUCCUGUUCCGCUUCGCUCAUCCCUGGCUGCUGUACUUCCAGAAGCCGCCACGCAAACCGAGGGAAAAAACACGGAAGAAUAGAAGCGCAGCGCUCCCUCUUUUUAAAUACGGCGUUCAGAUCGUCAACCAGGAGACGGAACACCAUUUCUCCUGUCAGGAGAGCGUGUGUGAGCAGAAGCUGCUGCUGAACGCUGCACAGAAGGAUCUCUGCCUGAAGAUGCACGGAGAGCUGCAGAAAAUAUCUGUUCAAGCCACGCAGGCGUACUGCGCCCUGCGGCAGGAAACACUGAGCUAUUUCCUCCCCAUCUGCGUCUGCGGCGCCGGCCUGGCCGUGUUAUCGCUCGGAUUGGUCGUCCUCAUGCUGUACCGAAAAGGGACCGCUGCAAAUAUCGCUGUACCAAAUUUUCUGAUACACCCCAACAAACCGCCCAAGGCGACGCACGCGAUGCCUAAAGAAGCGUUCAAUGUGCCUCAGGUGGGGCCCGGCUCGCCCACACCUCUACUGCAAGCAGAGGAGGAGGAGGACCCGACGCCCCUCGGCCCCCGCUUCACGGAGCCCGAGUUCCGUCUGCCCCUCGGCGUGUCGGAGCGGGACGAAGGGCUGAUGGGUGACGUGGGGGGGGGCUUGGAUGGAGAAUCCGGGUACAUGGCGGGCAGAGACCUGGACGAGGAGGACGAGAAGUUCGAGGCGCCGUACUCCGGCAGCAGCUACGCUGGUUAUGAGCAGCGGCCGGUGCUGGAUAAUUUGUCCCCAGGGGAACUGACUGAGGGUUACCGUGGCUGACCCUCAGUCGGUACCGGGGGGGGGGGGGCUCACAGCACGGUGCGCCGCAUCGAAUGCUCGACAUUAGGUCGAAUAAGACCAAACAGCGACUUGAUUACAAUGCGAAGUGAACGCGGAUCAAGAGACUUCUCCCUUCUUGUUGCACCUUACGUUACAUUAAAUGUCAUUUAGCUGACGCUUUUAUCCAAAGCCACUUCCAAUAAGUGCAUUUCCACCAUAGAUACAAACUCAAAUGAACAAGUAACAAGAAAGUACAAUUUUCAUCAAAUAAGCAGUUUCAAAACAUGUUGUAGAAAAGUGCCAUUAUAAGUACAUUUAACGUCAGUUACAUUUAUCUCUCCAUUCGCAGCCUGUGGAAGUUUUCUUAUGUACUGGAUCCAAAAUAUUUCCAAAUCAGACCAAUCUGAGAGUAAUGAUGUGCAUGUAUUGUUUGUUUUAAUAGGCUUUUUGGGUUUAAUGCUGUGAUCAAUCCUGCUGGUGUCCCAAAGAUGACGCCAGUGUCCAUUUAUUACUUCUGUAUUUUAAACUGCCCCCCCCCCCCUCACAUUAGCUGUAUCAUGUGCAGAGUCUUCCUCAGUGACUUAAAGGGACUUAUCUGAUUUGGUUUCUUACCACGGAUGAACCAUGUUUAUCAUGCGUGUGAUAUGUGAUCCACACACGGGCUUUAACCCACGUGUGGAUCUACAAACACUGAGCAUUUUCUUUUUUGCUUACUCGCACUUGGGACUUGUGUUCCUCAAUAGAUUAGUUUUUCCAUUUGGCCUUCAGCAUCUUAAAGUCAGAGUGAACUGGAUCUUGCGUUUGUUCUUUUGUAUCUUUCCUGACUUGAAUAGACUGCUCAAAAAAAAGUCAUUGUGUGUGUCAGCAAGUGCAGAGAGGUGGAGAUCUGUGGAGGGUCGUUGGCCUCCUGCUGGUGGAUGGGAGGAACGAGGUGUGUGUGUGUGUGUGUGUGUGUGGGGGGGGGGGGGGGGGUUUACCGUGCAGCCCGAAAACUCGCCUGAAUGAAGUCAAUGUGUUCGAAUGUGGGAAGAAAUACAUUUUAGACAUGUGACGCAGGGGGACAAAGAGAUGAAAAGUGUAUUUUAUGUGUCGUGCAGCCUUUCAAUCCAUGUAAGAAGCUUUAGUUUUUUUUUUCUAAAAACAGCACACGAUGUGUCACACUUACUGUUGUGCCUCUUUCCCGGGUUUUAGUGGAUUUUUAUUUUUGAGCCACUUAAUGUUUUGUAUGUAACCUUUUUGUGUUUAGUUACAGAGUGGAUGUGCUGAAACAUGCACAGUGAGUCUGGCUGAGGUGAACCCAGGAAACAUGAGAAAUGCUUUCCUUUUACUUACUACUCAUUUGCAUAAUCAACCUGCUCAUUAAACUCAAGCUCUUAAUUGUCUAAUAGCUACCGAGCAGUUCCUUUGUCGGGCAAUUGUCCAUCAUUUUUUUUCCUUUUCUUUCUGAAACCGCUAUUUAUUUGUCUUCUGUCCUUUUUGUUGUAUCGUACCUUUUAAUAAAGAUCCCAGUUUUUAUCAGA